AUGUCGAAAGAAGACGAAAGUUCACAGGUGUUCAAAGGCACUACAACUGAAGAUGUUCGCCUUGAAAAUUUGGGCUAUGAGCAGGAGCUCAAACGUUCUUUUGGGUUACUUUCUAUGAUCGGGUUUAGCUUCAGUGUUGUGACAUCAUGGACGGCACUGAGUGGUGUGUUCAUCGUGGGAGUGACCUCGGGUGGUCCCCCAGUGAUGAUUUUUAGUUUCAUCGGUGUUAGCUUGCUCACCCUGGCUGUUGCCAUCCCCAUGGCAGAAAUGUGCUCCAUGUACCCUGUUGCUGGAGGACAAUACUCGUGGGUUGCCGCACUUACGCCUCCCCGGUUUGCUCGAGGUUUAUCAUAUGCCACUGGCUGGUUCAUGCUCAUCGGUCUCCUAGCAAUGGGUGCCACGAACAACUCUAUUGCCUCCAAUUUUGUGCUGGGAAUGGCAAACCUGGUUUUCCCAGAAUACACAAUUGAAAGAUGGCAGACGGUUUUGGUAGCCUACCUCGUGGCUCUCCUGUCGGCUGCGGUCAAUCUUUGGGGCUCCCAUCUACUCCACCGAAUUUCCAAGUUCAUCUUGAUUUGGAACGUGGGUUCAUUCGUGAUCAUUACAGUUACCCUCCUGGCGAUGAAUGAUCAUAAGCAACCGGCCUCUUUUGUUUUUCAGGAUUUCCAGAACACCACGGGUUGGGGUACCGGGAUGGCUGCUAUUAUCGGUAUCUUGCAGGCAUGCUUUGGAAUGUGUUGCUACGAUGCUCCUUCCCACAUGACGGAAGAAAUGAAGUCUGCCUCGAAGGAGGCACCCAAGGCCAUUAUUUUGGCCGUGGUUCUGGGUGCGGUCACAGGAUUCGCUUUCCUGCUUACUCUUUGCUUCUGUAUUGGCGAUAUCGCAGAGACUGCGGCUAGCAGUACUGGUGUACCCGUCAUUCAGAUCAUUUACGAUUCCACCGGCAGCAAGGUCGCCACCUGCAUUUUGUCUAGCAUGAUUGCGGUAAUUGUCAUCGUUGCGGGUGUCAACAUUCUUGCUGAAGGAUCUCGCUCCGUCUUUGCCUUUGCUCGUGAUAACGGGCUGCCCUUUUCGAACGUCUUCAGCAAAGUCGAGAGUAAGAGCCAGGUCCCAGUCAAUGCCGUUCUUCUUACUCUGGCCGUCCAACUGGCCCUUGAUGCCAUCGAAUUCGGCACGACAACGGGCUUUGAGACUGUUAUCUCGAUCUCGACCGAAGGAUUCUAUCUGUCCUACGCAAUGGCUCUUUUCAGCCGUCUGAUUGGAUACUUCUCCGGCCAUGUCACCAAGCUCGAGGGUCCCUAUUCAUUCUCUACUCCAGUGUCAAUCGGGCUCAAUUUUGUGGGACUGAUAUUCCUUCUCUUUGCUUCCAUCACGUUCAAUUUCCCCAGUACUUAUCCCGUUAACGAGGAGUCGAUGAAUUAUACUAGCGCUGCCGUUGGUGUCAUUGGUCUCAUCAGCAUCGUGACCUGGUUCACUACUGGACGGAAGAACUUUACGGGCCCAGGAGCUGUGAGCUUUUUGAAAGGCCAGAACACUGCACAGAACGUCCCCCAAGGUGAUGUUACUUCCACCGGGAUUGAAACAAAAAAGGCCUAG